UGUGUGGAUUCCCCUUCAAUAAUCACAGUAUAAUGUAUACAGUGUUCUUGCAUUUAAUUUUGUUUCAUAACUGUUCCGCGUUUCUUCUUAAAUCAGUUGUAUAAAUACGUAACGUAACUCUCAAGCUAGCCUGCUGUAAUGUUUGACAACUUAGCGCACGGAAAUGGACAAGAGAUGCUAACUAGCCUCUAGCUAGCCAAUAGUACGUUGCUUUUAGCUGGUUUGACACAUUCUACAUUCCUGCUAAAAUUACACCUAACUCUGCAAUUUGGACAAGCCUAUAGUCAGCUUGUAUAUGUUAGCUCACUAAUCAGACUGUCAUUGAAGAUACGGUGUUAAUGGGGGCGGAGUGGUUAGUGUGAGAGAUGCAGCCAGCCCACAGAGAGGCCCCUGGGGCACGCCAGGCCAGCACCCCGUGACCCGCCUCUGCUUCCCUCCGUCUCUCUGGACACAAGGCGCGUUCCACACAGGCGUUCCGCCUGGCCUGCUAUGCAGAGGCCCCUGCGACAGCCAUGAGCUCUGCCCUGUGGAACCAGGAGAAGCCCGGCGGGGGCUUCCGGGAGGACUCGCGCUACUACAUGGUGGUGAAGGAGUGCACCAUGGAGAAGCCCCCGCAGAAGACCCUGAAGAUCCCGCGCGGGAGCAUCGGCCAGGCCUGCCAGGAGCGCAACAGCAUGGGCCGCACGCUGCCGCCGGGCAAGGGCAAGAGGAGCCUGCGCAUCGUGGACCAGACCAACGUGGUGCUGGGCUUCGACGAGAAGGACGUCUUGGAGCUGGACGAGAAGCUGGCCGAGCUGCUCUUCCCCAUCACCAACUGCGAGGAGCGCUACGCCCUGCUGUGCAACAAGCCCCGGCUGGAGCGCGCCCGCGACAUCGACUGCGGCUCCAAAGUGCGCGUGCAGCUGCGCUCGGGCACCGACCCGCUGCCCGGGGUGGUCCGCUUCAAGGGCUCGCUCAUCCCCGAGAGGACCCUCUCCGGCAUCUGCUUCGGAGUGGAGCUGCUGGAGGAGGGCCGGGGCCAUGGCUUCACAGAGGGCUCCUACCAGGGCAAGCAGCUGUUCCGCUGUGAGGAGGAGUGUGGCGUGUUUGUGGCCCUGGACAAGCUGGAGCUGUGGGAGGAUGAGGAGGAGCUGGAGGACCUGGAGAUGGACCACAUGACCCUGGUGGACCCCGACUUCCCGCAGAUCGAGAUCAACUCCCGUGUGAUGGUGAAGACCACCGAGGGCCUGGAGCGCGGGACCGUCAUCUUCUACGACCUGUUGCCAGGCAACGAGAGCCUGGGCUGCUAUGUGGGCGUGGACAUGGACGACCCGAUCGGGGACUGGGACGGCACGAUUGACGGGAAGCUGCUGUGUAAUUUCGCCAGCGUGGAGCACACUCGUCUCGUCCCCGUUUGUGAAGUGAUGCCAGAGUUCGCCAUGCCGGACCAGCGCUUGCUGAAGCACAGGGGCAGCGGUAAUGGUGGCGACAAGCCCUCCUCCGCCCAGAACAAGCCAAAGAACAAAGGAUUAGGUCUGCAGUGUGGAAAUAGAAGCAAGUCUGAGUUUUAUUACACUUUAAAUGGCAGCUCUGUUGAUCACCCACCACAAUCCAAAUCCAAAAGCACAUGGUACAUUGAUGAAGUCGGGGAAGACCCCGCCAAGUCCCUCACCGAGACGCCCCCCGACUUCAACCAGAUGUCCCCCCCGUCCCGGGCCCCGCCGCCCGCCUCGCUGUCCGGCGAGAACAAGUUCCACUCGCUGCCCUUCAGCCUGAGCCGAAAGACCGGCCCCAAUGGCAGCAUGAGCCACAGCCCGCUCUCCCUGUCCGUGCAGUCCGUCAUCGGGGACCAGCACGAGCCGGGGCCCCCGCCCGCGCCCUCCGGGCCCCGCAGCCAGUACGGCCUGGAGGUGGGCUCCCUGGUGGAGGUGAAGGAGAACCCGCCCCUGUGCGGGGUCAUCCGCUGGGUGGGGCAGCCGCCCGAGCUCAUGGAGCCUCUCGCCGGGCUGGAGCUGGAGGACGAGUGCGGAGGCUGUACGGACGGCACCUUGAAGGGCACGCGCUACUUCUCCUGCCCGCCCAAGAAGGCCCUGUUCGUCAAGCUCAAGUGCUGCCGGCCGGACUCGCGCUUCCCCUCCCCACACCACUCCUCCAACCCCAUCGAGCGCUGCAACUCCAUCGCAUUCGGGGGUUAUCUCAGUGAGGUCGUUCAGGAGAACACUCCGCCACGCACAGAGAACGACGGUCUGGAGGUGAUGGUGGGGAAGAAGAAGGGCAUUCAGGGCCACUACAACUCCUGCUACCUGGACUCCACUCUGUUCUGCCUGUUCUCCUUCAGCUCGGUCCUGGACACGGUCCUCCUCAGGCCUCGCUCCAAGACCGACGUGGAGUAUUACAGGGAGACCCAGGAGCUCCUGCGCACUGAAAUAGUCAACCCCCUGCGCAUACACGGCUACGUGUGUGCCACCAAAGUGAUGAAGCUGAGGAGGAUCCUGGAGAGUGUGGAGGCCGCAUCAGGCUUCACGUCUGAGGAGAAAGACCCAGAGGAGUUUCUCAACAUCCUGUUCAACCACAUAUUACGGGUAGACCCCCUUCUAAAACUUAGAUCAGCAGGGCAGAAGGUCCAGGACUGCUACUUUUAUCAGAUUUUUAUGGACAAGAAGGACAAGGUUUUCGUCCCCACCAGUCAGCAGCUCCUGGAGUGGUCCUUCAUCAACAGCGAUCUUAAGUUUGCCGAGGCUCCGUCCUGCCUUAUAAUCCAGAUGCCUCGCUUUGGUAAGGACUUCAAGAUGUUCAACAAGAUCUUCCCAUCUCUGGAGCUGGACAUCACUGACUUACUUGAAGACACUCCGCGGGAGUGUCGAAUCUGUGGGGGCCUGGCCUUCUACGAGUGCAGGGAGUGUUACGAAGACAGCGACAUCACCGCCGGCAAAAUCAAGCAGUUCUGUGAAAAGUGCAAUACCCAGGUUCACCUCCACCCCAGGCGGAGGGCCCAUCGGCACGGGAAGCUCUCCGUUCCCAAAGAGCUGCAGGAGGGCGUGUGGCGGCAGGGAGCGUUCCCCCGCCAGCGGAUGGAGCUGUUCGCCGUGCUGUGCAUAGAGACCAGUCACUACGUGGCCUUCGUCAAGUACGGCAGCGCGGACUCCGCCUGGCUCUUCUUCGAUAGCAUGGCGGACCGCGACGGGGGGCAGAACGGCUUCAACAUCCCCCAGGUGUCCCCCUGCCCAGAGGUGGGGGCGUACCUGAAGAUGACCCCCGAGGAGCUGCACGCUCUCGACCCCAAAAACAUCCAGGGGUUCGCCCGGCGUCUGCUGUGUGACGCCUACAUGUGCAUGUACCAGAGCCCCACCAUGAGCCUGUACAAAUAGCCCCAGAGACACAGGCCCGUGGAGCCCCCAUCAGGGGCACAGGACACCCAGCCCCCGGCCUCAGCCCAGUCUCCGUCCCUGCGUCUGAGGCUGAGGGGAGAGGGAAGGAAAAAGCCUAUUGCACUGUGCAUUUGUUGGAGUGUUAUUUGUUGAUGUUUCCCCACCCCCACCCCACCCCCCAGUGGACAGAGCCGUGUUGUGUAGAUUCUCCUGUUUCCCCUCAGUUUCCCCGGCGUCUCCGUAGGCCUGGCUGAGCAGGCCUGGUCUCCCCCCCGCCCGCCCGCCCGCACCGCGGGGAGCCUGAUGAAUAUUCACACUACGGAGCGGAAGGAGGUACGCGGGUUCUGGAUGAACAGGUCCGAGAAACAAACAGACGAAGAGACACUCACCUAAUGGGGCGACAGAGGGCCCGUUGUUCUCUCAGCUGGUCUCGCGCUGCGCCCAGUUACUGAUUAACCAGGGCCUGGGGAGGAGGAGGAGGAGGGUCGGGCAGGCCCGCACUAAAGCUUUUAUUACUUAAAAAAACGUUAGCAGUAAACGCUGAGGUCUCUGCUCAUUACAGGUCAUGUAGAAGGCUUAAUUCGGCCCUCGGCUCUUACAAGUCUGUCUCGUGUUCAUCGUCGAAGCUUGAAACUAGGAUUACUUGUUUAAAAAAAAAAAAAAAAAAAAAAAGGAGAAAAAAAAUUAUAAAUAAAAGAAAGAAAAAAAACCUUAUUUAUGCACUGUUUAAAUGUAAUUAUUUUGUCAUGCAGUAUAUAAUUUGCGUUGAUAGCAAAAAAAAAAAGCAUACGCAAUGUCCCUGGCACAUUUGUAAAAGAAAAUAUAUUGUGUUGGUGUAUUGCUCACGAUUGAGGGGUUGUGAUGUAGAGUUACAGUAAAGAGAGUUUAUUAAACGGCACAGUGUGACCUUAAAUCAGGGCUCCAUUUCAUUCCUCACCCCACAGAGUGUUACUGCUUUCAGUGAGUGGGAAGUCCACUGCAGUGUGCCAUGAUGGGAAGCUUGUGAAAAGGCUUUACAGUGUAGGAAUCAUGGGAAAUGUUUUAGCACUUGCUUUAAGCCCAUAAACUAAAUUUAAACUAAAUCAGGCAGUGAUGUUAGUCUGUAUACAUGUAAUCUGUCCUUGAGGUGCAUCUGCACCUAGCAGAUCAAAUUUUCAGGGGUGAAGGCCUUCAUGCGUUUUAAUGUGUGUUUAUUUUAUUUUAAAUUUUUUUGUUAUUUAAAUACAAAAUUUUAUUUUUUGACUGAAUUUUUCCAAUGCAGAACUAUUGCAUAAAUGUAAUAAGUGAACAUAAUUACCCAAAACUACACUUGAUUGUGGAGCAAGUGACCAUUUAACUAGUCAUUUGCUUUUAAGGUAUACAUUUUUUUGCGUUCUUUGUUAAAAAGGAGAAGUCUGUUCUGCCGAGCCCAUAGUAUGCAAUGCCUAGUUAAAGAAUAAACGAAUAAUAUAAGGAGUUUGACCAAAUCACAGCUUGAAGCCAAAUUGUUGAGUGUUGCUGUGUGAAGUGGGCUGUUAUUCUGAAUACUGUGUGUGGCAGGGUGGUCUCGCCCUCACCUCCCUCAGAUGAGAAUGUUGAGCGGUCACCUUGCAGUCCUCAGCAUUUGCCUCCUUAGACAUCAUUGCUUUGGGAAAAAAAGCAGUGUGACCACUGCAUGAGCAACAACGAAACCGGCCUUUUCCUGUCGGGCAGUUUGAAAGCUUAGACUAACAUGGUUAUUGACCAUAAAUGGGGGCAACUUCCUGUUUUUUAUUUUUAUUAUUUUUUUUUUUUCUUCCUGCUGUAGCGUACACUCCGUACGGGUGAACAAGAUCAUGUCAUCCUCUGCCUUGCAAUUCCUCCUGCGGUUACCUUUUAAAUUGCUGUUAUUGUGGAUACUAAUUUGUGCAAAGAACUGUUGUAGCAUCAUGUUCAUCACUUGUAAAUAUGGUGAGUAUAUGGGGACAUAUUUUUAUGGUAGCCUUAAAGGCUCUGAGAUGAACACAGGGGAAGGACUUGUACAUCCUGUAUAAACGUUAAACCCAAAUGUACAUUGUUAAUAUCUGCGUCCUUCAGUGCUGUUCUCUUAAAUGUUAACUAAAUAAAGCUUUUUUGUUUGUU